UCGGGGCCGGGCUCCCCUCGCCCCCGGGCUGGGGGAGAGAGAGCGGCGGGGCGGGGGCGCGGCGCCCCGCGGCGAGGGGUGGCAGGGGGUCGGCGGAGGCAGCCUGGCGGCGGCCGGGCUAACGGGGCGCCGCCCCCUCGCCGAGAGGCAGCGGCCGGCCCUGCCCCGCGGCGGUGGGGAAGGUCCUGCCCCGAGCGGAGGGGAGCCGAGCACCCCGGGGUGGGGGGCGCCGGCACCUGCGGCUCGCCUCUGCCCUGAGUUCUCCCGUCCCUCCGCGGCGUCCCCGGCAGCGGGCGGGGCCCAGCCCCAGUGCCCCGCGCCCCCCGGAGCUGCCCCGCGGUUCCCUGAGGGGUCCCCCUGAGCCCUGCCGAGCACCCGGGCGCUUCCCAAACCUUCCGUGUGCCCCGUGCAGUACCCGCCUGCUGCUGUACCGCGGACGCGAGCUGAGUCUCGAGCCCGGCAAGAGCUAAUGUUAAGCUAGUUCAUCUGCCUGCUUGAGGACAGUGCUCUGCUCCAGUUUCGUCCCCGUUACGUUUCACUGUAAUUCAUGCCCUUUAUAAUGGUUUGCUUGUUAGAGCGGUCUCACCAGAGGCAGCUUUUUCAGAGGGAGUGUUGUGUUAAGCUUUGCAAUUAUUUUAAAUCUUUUUAUUAAACCUCUUAAUUAUUAUAGGGAAAACUGAGAAAGAAUUGUUAGCAAGGCUUCCAAGUGUGUUUACCGUCAUGAAGUGUAAACUGAGGCCGAGAUGAGGCACGUUGCUAUCAGCAGUGCUGAAAACAUGAACUUAGUCGAGCUUUGGUUUAUAUUUUUUCUUCUUUUAACAUGGGUGAGCACUGAAGACUCCUGUCUGUAAAUGUAAGGGAAUGGGCCUAUAAUCAAAAUGGGCUCACAUGUUUUCUUCAAGUUCAGUUUUCUUCUAAGAGAAGAGAGACUAAAAUCUUGUAGAAUUCCCUCAGCGUUAAAAUAACUUGAUCUGGGAUUUUGGAAGACAGUACUUCUCUUUGGGUCUGCCUGCACAUAGCCCUCAGAAAGAGCCCUCAUAACUGAGGGAAGGCAGAAGCACACAGUCAUGUGAGACCUGAGAGUUACAUUAGUCUAGAACUGGUGUAGUUGUAGUUGGUUUGUAGGUGUUGCCUCAGCAUGAGGUCUGCCUGCCUGCCUUUUGCUGAGUGAUCUUGUUUGUCUUUGGAACUGAACUGCUGAUGGUAGUAUAGUAAGCUAUGUUGCAGUGCCUGAUGAUUGCUCUCUUGAAGAUCCCGUCACUAAGACUUCUUAAAAUACUAGUGAUGGUUGCAGUACUUACCUGUGCUAGCAGUUUCUGUGGCUGCCAGCUCUCUGUGGAGUCAAACUGAGGGCAGCAGCAGUUGCAGAUACUGCUUUAUUUUGAGCAGGGUGCUUCUCAAUGGGGAGGCAGGGUGACAGAAGCGGUGCUGCAGUGUUAGGGUGCUGACCCUUGAGUGGGAAGCAGCCAUGGAGCAGCGGGCUUGGCAGAGAGCAGCACGUAGGUGGCUCUCCUGGUGCUGUGCUGAGGCUGAAGCUGAGGCAAAGAGCUGCCAGCGCUCGAGCUGUGCGUGGGGGAUACAGCUGUUGAUUCAGUUUUUACACUAAGUUAAACUCCCACCUUUCUCCCUCAACUUCUUGCUAAAUGUAGCAAGCCAUGGUGUUACAUAUGCACCACAAAAAUUUCAAAUGUAAAACAUUUAUGAAAAGGAGGGAUACUUGCGUAUUAUUCACUUUUUCAUGACGAAUAUCCAUGCAUAUAUCUAUGAACAGGAUUUAGUUGUCUUAUUUGGAGAAUUUGUUGGCAAUAUUUAACUAUGCCAUUUAUUAGUUAUGUACAUGCUUCUAAGCAUCUAUGUAACAGUAUAUUUCUUUAGGACAAAAAAAACUUUUUUUUUUUUUUUUUUUUUUUUUUUUUAGGGUUGAAUAGAAUUUAGGCUGAUGCAAUCUGGAUGGUUAAACCAUGAAGUUCCUGGGGUGAUGCAUGUGCCAGUGGCUUGCCUAGGUUAAAAGAGUGAUUAUACAAGGUCACUGAACAGAAAUAUACUGCGGGUGUGUUUUAAACACCAAGAUAGAACUUUAGGCUCAAGCUAUUUCUGUUCUACUUAUAACAGGAAGCUGGAAAAAUAUCAUUUUAUGUUUGCCCUGCUGCUAUCAUUUUUCCCUGGGCUGUUAUUAACUAGCAUGUUAGAUACAGAGCAUUGGGCUGCUCUGGCCACAGGUCAAUGCUGAGACAGCCAUUCCUGCACUCUGUGGCAGGGUUGUGGCAUGCUCAGAGCACACACCAUUGCUGUCUGUCGAACGAUUAUCUUCAGGUGAUUUCUAACAGCUGAAAGUGCUGCCCUGGAAAAAACAACAUAUAUUUCAUAUAUUUAUGUCUUUUAAUAGGGGGACACUGGAUGAGUGAUGAUGAAAUCUAGUUCUGUCUGGCGUGGAUUUUUUUUUUUUCUAUUGUCUGCUUCAGAUAUUUAAACUGAAACAUCCCAUAAUUGUUCUCAGAUCCAAAGCUACAAAAUACUUGGUAAACAUGAUUAACUUAAUUUAGAGCUUGGAGUGUCUUCACUUGAAAAUUGAAAGGAAAAAUAAAUCUGCUUUAGAGUAUUUGUUAUAAUGAGCAUAUGAGCAGCUUAACUUCAUAAUGUUGUUCAUAUCAGUAGAAUGCUUUAUUCAUCUCCAGAAGCUAAGGAGAUGUUCUGCUUUGCCCAUGGUCCUUUAUAUCUUUUCAAAGAAAAAUAAAUAUAUGCUUUCAGUUGUACAGUUCUUUCUGAAAGGCUUUAUAGUCUUUUACAUUCUCCUUACCAAAGCUGUAAAUGGUUUAGAUGCCACAGCUGAGAUGGUCCAUCUGAAGGAAUUUGCUGUGUGAUGAAGAACAUAAAGCUGGUAGGAGUCAUGUUCUAACAUAAUGCUGCCUGUCUCUAAAAUAAAUACGGAAGAGUAUUUAUUUCCAAAGGACCUUACUCCCUCCUCCAAUACAAAUUGCAGGAAUUAAGUUUUGUUCUAUUCACUUUGGCGUAUUUUGUGCAUAUUGGAAUAUAUAUUAAAAAAAAUAAUAAUAAAAUAAUAAAUAAAUAUAUAUAUAUACACACACACAUGUAUAUAGCUUAGUAAUGUAGAGGCCAGGUUAAUUUGUCUUUUUGUUUAGUUCCUUAUAAAUAUUUGGGUUUGGUCACUGCUUUAAAGGCUGUGUUGGCUAGGUGAAAGCCUUAUCCUGUGGCUGUGGCAAUUCACUGUCUCAUAUUCUCUGUUUGCUUGAAGGUUUGUAAUGGGCAGCUGAGCUCCUUGAAGGACUUUUCUUUGGGAUGGGAGGUCAUCUGGUAAUGGAAGAAAAUGGAGUUGACCACAAUGUUGCUAUGGAAAGAUCUAAUGUUUUGUUUGUAGGCAACUGCAAUGGUGCAGGACAGUUGGAAACAAACGAUCAGGUUUUUCAGCGUUUAACCUGCAUGGAUUCCAAGGAUCCGUUAUUUGGACACAGCAACUCUCCCGCAGCCUUGCCUAUCACAGUACGUCUUUUGGGUAGUUCUCCAUCAUUAGCUGCACCUGCACGGCCACCCCAGCCUCAGCCUCUCUCUGCAGAGGAGUUCCAUCUGAUAGACCAAAACGGGCAGCCUCUCUAUGAGCUGCAGCCCCUAGGAGGGCCCAGCACGCAGAUGAUGAUUGUUGCCAGCCAGUCAGAAAAUGGCCAGGUGCUGCAUGUCAUUCCUUCUGCCCAGCCAGGAGUGGCCCAAGUGAUUAUUCCUCAAGGUCAGCUUCUGGAUGUGACUAGCACUCAGGAUGUUUCAGAUGAGAAGUGUGGUGAUGGGAACUUGCAGACUGUGGCAAUGGCUGCUCUAGCAGACAGUGCAAGCAGUUACAUUCUACAUCCACAGGCAUCUCUCACUGUAUCAAAAAAAACAACCACCAGGAUGUUGGAAGACCCCUUUCCCAUUCCUCUCCAGCAAUUGCCACCAAACACGCCUGCAUGGGCACGCCGUCUCAGGAACUGUGAGAAAAUUGGGGACUCAUACCGCGGCUAUUGUGUGAGCGAGACAGAAUUAGAGAGUGUUCUAACGCUACACAAGCAGCAAACACAAAGUGUGUGGGGGACGCGCCAGUCUCCAAGCCCAGCCAAACCCGCCACACGGUUGAUGUGGAAAUCUCAGUAUGUCCCAUAUGAUGGGAUCCCCUUUGUCAAUGCAGGAAGCAGAGCCAUUGUAAUGGAGUGCCAGUAUGGACCAAGAAGGAAAGGGUUCCAGCCCAAAAAAGCCAGUGAACCUGAAAGGAUUUCUGGCCAUCUGUAUAAAGCCACAUGUCCAGCAAGGAUCUAUAUUAAAAAGGUUCAAAAGUUUCUGGAGUACAGAGUUCCUACUGACCCUAAAAUUGACAAGAAAAUCAUAAGAAUGGAGCAGGAGAAAGCAUUCAACAUGCUCAAGAAGAACUCGAUAGAUGCUGGUGGUGUCCUCAGGUGGUAUGUACAGUUACCCACUCAGCAAGCCCACCAGUAUCACGAAAUGGAAACUUCCUGCCUCCCUUCUUCGCCCUCCCAGUUUUCUGCAUCUUCUCCUGAGGAGGAGGAAGAAGUUGCUAGAGAUGAGAAUUGUAUUCUGCCUUCCCGACUUCAUCCUCAAGUGGCAGACAAGAUCAGAGAACUGGUGUCUCAGGGAAUAGAGCAAGUCUAUGCAGUGAGGAAACAACUGAGAAAAUAUGUAGAAAGAGAAUUAUUCAAACCUGAUGAAGUGCCGGAGAGGCAUAACCUGUCCUUCUUCCCCACUGUGAACGACAUCAAGAACCACAUUCAUGAAGUGCAGAAGUCCCUGAGAAAUGGCGAUGUGGUGUAUAAUUCAGAAAGCAUUCCAGCAACGUUGCAGUGGACCACAGACAGUGGGAACAUUCUCACAGAAACAGUGACUGUUACUUUUGCCUCACCAACUUCAGCUGGGGAGGCUUUUAAACAAGAGGAGGAAGUCUGUUACAACUGUCUAUUUAUUGUCUCUGGCACUGUAGGGAGCUCACCAGCAGAGUCAGUUGUCACCAAAGGAGAAUCCAACCAGAGUGGGGAGUCCUUGCUACCAGAAACAGCUCGGCUGUUGUCUUCAUUAUCUUCACUUCAGCCCAAGAUAUUUGCACAACUUCAGGGAUUACAGCUGCAGUCAACUUCUACCUCCACAAAUGAAUCAACAGCCCUGAUAGCUGUAAAUAAUCAUUCCCGUCCCAGCUCUGCAAAUCUCUUGGAUUCCACAGGGAGUGCAAUAACAAACCAUUCUCUAAUACUUGGUCAGGGGCACAGUCUGCAAGCAGGUGCUGGCCUAGCACAGCAUAGUGCAGCUGACUCUGCUUAUGGGACUCCACCUGGCUCUAAUCAGAGUCUGGUCACCAUGGGCCAGCUGGUAGCAGUUGAAGGGCUAGAUGAUUCCAGAAGCCUGGAAGGAGGAGUCCAGCAGAUUCUUUUGGGAGAUGUACAGACUAUUCCAGUACGGAUUGUGGAUAGCCAUCCUGCACUUACUGAAGAAAAUACAGAGGGUGUUAUCUGUGUAAGCCACGUUAAAGAAGAGCCAAGAGAAAAAGCAUUAUCCAUGGAGCCAGAUAAAAUCAGAGACUGCCAGAGAUCCUCCUCUAUUUAAAUCUGUGAAGACUGUAAAGGAUUUUUCAAAGCAGAGGAUUCUAAGUGUCUUGAAAGGAAAGGCAGGUACUCUAAGUAAUGCCAUUCUUUUAAAAUGGUAUUGUGACAUUCAGACUGGGCAUAUUGUACACUAGUUCUGACAGACAGCUGUUUUGAUAUACAAUUGAUGUGACUCACUGCCAUUUCCAGGUCAUCCAGUUACCAUGUGGAACACCAGCUCUUUUUAUUUCAUAUUUUGAGUAGUUUGGACGCUAUUCACAUGGCUCAUUUUGGUCAGCAUUUCUGAAGGUCUUCCAUAAUUAGUUUUAGAAUAUGCAUUAAAAUGCUGGGUUUGCUUUUCUCCUUGAGACCCACGACUAUUACAGCACUAUAGAGACCAUAAAAUCUGCCAGCUCCCAGACCACAGAAUCCAACAGCAAAGUGUAUCAAUGCAUCAAUAGUUUUGUGACAAAAUGAAGGUUGAAGAUGGUACAUUUCAAAGUGACGAAGGACACAGAUAUUUAAGAAAAGCGACUUUGACCCGAUCAUAAUGUUAAUGAUGUGAAGAUCCAAAGAGAGGAGAAAGGAUCACUUACCUCUGAGAAUACUCAAGAGAUCAGAAUGGAGAAAGAACAGAAGAGGAAGUGAAGUUUCUGUGAAGCUGCUUCCAGGAGACAGCUGUCAAAGUUGCAGCUCAAGAUUGCAGUUUCUUCUGGCUGAAGUGGUUCACUUUGAAUGUGUGCUGGUUAUCUUCUGAAUGGAAACUGGUAUAACAACAGUUCUUGGUUGUUGACAAAGCUGCUACCACACCUGAGGUUUUGUACCUGGAAGGAGAUGGAGGUUCAAGUGUGGAGGAGUCAUUCUGAGGAGAGGAUGCUGCAGCAGUACUUUAUACUUCAUUUACUUUGGUAGUGUUGCUCUUGUAAGUGAUGAGGGUGGUAGCAGCAUCUUCACAGCAUUAUAUCUAGCUGCCCUUCUGAAGGGGAUAAAGUUAGAGGUGAGAAGAAUUUUUAGUGAAAGUACUGUCAGUCCAUGCAUGGGAGAAGAAAUAAGCAGAGUUUGGGAAUGAGAUUUAUGUUCCAGUACUUUUCAGAGAGCAUUUUCCUGUUGCAGUGAGAAGGGAACUUCCUUAGAAAAUAAGUUUUUGUUUUGUAUGUGGGUUCUUUGACCACCUACCAAGAGUAUCUGGUGCUUUCCUCUAAGGGUAUCUAGAUAGGGUACUAGGCGAGAUGGCUCACUCCUUGUUUUCUAGUAGGGACACUGUUUGGAAUACAAAAUUGAUGGAAUCAACUUCCUAGCAUUAACUAAGUUUAUUUUUUUUCUUCCUCUUUCUCCACAUCUCACCAUGAAGAGAAGAUUGUCUGUUAAAUGAACAUGGCAAAUCAUUAGAGCUGUUUGUAUGGAGGACACAAAACUAUUUGUGGUGGACCAAGAAGACUUCUUAGCUAAUAAAUUACAGGAAGAGCUUCAAAACGGAUUGCACUGUCAUUGUAACUUCAUCAAGUAAUUUCUUCCAAUGAUAUCACUCACUUUUGACUAUUGUUUUACUGUUUAGUUAUUGUAUAAUAUAUUUUAUAAAUUGUCUUUGCUAUGUAAAGGCCGUAGAUGAAAUGCAAAUAAUGAUUCUCUUGUCUCCUGAGGUUCUAUCAAAGAGAGAGGAAUUCCCCGUUUUGCAGUUGUCAGGAUCAGCCAUGAGUACUUAGCCACCAGCUCCUCUUGAAGGACACAUGUUCCCCAACUACCAAAAGUCUUUUGUGCUGAAAUACUCCAUAAACUUCUGAACUUAUUUCAGGCAAAAUGAAUUUGCCUGGACUGCUAUAGUUGGGGUCAUGAAAAUGUGGCACCUUUCAUUUAAAAAACUACUACAAAGACUACCCUGGAACCAAAUUUAUCAUCCUCAGAAGCCAUAACCUAGGGUUUAUCAGUUGCAACAGUAAAACAAUCAAUUAUUUUAUUACUUUUUUUUUUCUUCCCAGCAAACUCGAUCUAUGAAAAAAGUGUCUCUACUACUUCUCUUUCAGAUAUGUGAACUUCUUUGCAACAUGAUCUGAGGUAUUACUAGAGAGAUUAGGUAACAGCUGCAAAAUGGAACAGUUUUGCUGUGGAUAGGUGAUUAAAAAAGAUCACAGUCGAUCAGCAUAAUAUUUAUUAGUAAGGUAAGGUCUUUCAGACAUUGACCAAAGGCUGAUACUUUUGGUGAUAUUGCAUUUAUUCUGGGCAUGCAAACAGAAGUAGUGAUUAUAAACCAUUGCAGAAGGAACUGGUAAAUAAAGUACUUUGUAAAAUACUAA